AUGAGGCGCUUUCCACUGGAGUUCCUCUUCGAGCGAUGCCUGAAGGAGAAAGAGAAAGAAGCCGAGACCCUGCCCGUCUUCCCUUUCCAGCACCUGCUGAUGUCGAUCCCGGCUCCGGGAGUGGCCGACAGCAAGCCGAGCCCUCUGGAGUUUGCCAAGUCCGCUGCAUCUACCUACGACACGGCCCUCAUCAAGCUCAACGGUGCUCGCCAGGGAGGAUCCAGGCUGCUCGCCUUCACCACUACCUGGAUGCUCGUGGCUGAGCUGUCGCCGCCUGACGUCGGAAGUCCUGAGCAUGAGGUGUGGCUCCGAUUGCCACCGCCACAUCCCUGCGCCUUAUGCGGCUUCGUGAUCUGCCCGCCGGUGGAGAGCUGCUUCCCUGAAACGGCGGGAGGACAGCUGAGCCAGAACAAGCUCGUCUCCAACCGCGCAGAGGAGGAAGGAAUUGCUGCCGACGCCCCUGACUUCGAGCAGCUUGCGAAGCAGGUUCGCAUCUCCUCACAGAUCUACACGCGGCCAGCGGAGACAGUGGGCUAUUGGGUGAAGAAGUGA